AGUGUUUGUUUGUUUUCAGCCUUUAAAGUCUGCGAGACGACGAGCAGGCGCUCAGCCUGAGGGUCGCAGCUGAAGAUGAGGCGCCUCCUCGUUUUACUGGCUGUUUUGUGGGUGUGUGACGGCGUUAAGUUCGGUCAGCUGUGCAGCAGUAACCCGAGCAACAGCCGGAGGACGUCGGACAGAUGGGGACAGGGACAGUACGGAGCCGGACGGGGGACCAGACUCCACCAAGGGCUGGACAUCAAGUGCAGCGACGGCGCCGCUGUCUACGCUCCGUUUGACGUGACUCUUAAAGGGAAACUGACCGUCUACACCGACCCCAGUAAGGCAGCCAUCAACGAGGGCAUCAACCUGUCAGGACAGGGUCUUUGUUUCAAGCUGUUCUACGUGAGGCCGGACCGAACCUCAGGAACGGUGAGGAAGGGGCAGAGGAUCGGCACCAUGCUGCCCAUGCAGAGCGUUUAUCCGGGAAUCACCUCACACAUCCACGUCCAGAUGUGCGACAAGCGCGACCCCACGCCAUACUUCUGAUCCACCUUCAAACACCGUCGACAACCUUCAUUACCAAAGAGGCUUUUCUCUGAAUGUUGGUGGAAAACUUUAGCUCCUCAUCCAUAUAAAAGGAUUCUGAUGGGUUACAAUAAAACACUUUGAAAACCGUU